AUGGUCUGCCAAUGGACGUCCGAGGAGCAGCAUGUGGUUCUUGAGGUUCCCGAUGGCGAGGACUCCAAGUCAACCUCGGAUUCGGAACGCACCAGCUGGGCACAACUUCUCCAGGAAAUGGAGGAGAACAAGGUGAGUGAUCCAACGAUCAACCAGCAUGACCUGCAUGCCCCUGUCACUGAUGAUGGUAUUCCAGGUCGACACCGCUAUUUGAUCAAGCCGAAAGCCGCGCCCAUCUACUUCCAGUAUGCCGGGGUGACUACCAACUUCAAGUACACCAACUGUGCUUCUGCUUUCACUACUGAAGAGCUUGAUGCAAGCCGAGUUUUGACGAAGGUCUGGAGGGUAUUUUACCACAAGGAGAGCAAUGAGAUUUCACCGCGAAAGCCGUUGUAUUUCUUCGAUUCCGACAUUGACAUGGCAGAAGGUGCUGUCUUGCGCCUGCUGUGA